GAGGAGGAGGAGGAGGAGGAGGAGGAGGAGGAGGAGGGGAGGAGGAGGAGGAGGAGGAGGAGGAGGAGGAGGAGGAGGAGCAGAGGGGUGAGGAGUUGGAGGAGCAGAGGGGUGAAGAGUUGGAGGAGCAGAGGGGUGAGGAGUUGCGAAUGGUGGAGAAGCGCCCGAGGAGGGGAGAGGAGUUGGAGGAGGUGAUGGUGCGAGAGGCAAAGAGGAGGGCGAAAAAGGAUGGACUAUCACUGGAGGAAGCAGCAAGGAGGGUGCCAGAGGUGCAAGAAGGGGAGGUGAUGGCAGGGGAACUUGUGAGUGAGAGACUUGUGGGGCAGGAGGAGAGAGUGAUAGAGAGUUUGGCAGGGCAGGAGGAGGGAGUGGGUGAAAGACUGGGGGGCCAGGAGGAGGAGGUAAUGGGUGAAAGACUGGGAGGGCAGGAAGAGGAGGGAGUGAAUGACGAACAAGGGAUGCAGGAAGAGGAGGAGGAGGUAGUGGGUGAAAGACUGGGAGGGCAGGAAGAGGAGGGAAUGAAUGACGGACAAGGGAUGCAGGAAGAGGAGGAGGAGGUAGUGGGUGAAAGACUGGGAGGGCAGGAAGAGGAGGGAAUGAAUGACGGACAAGGGAUGCAGGAAGAGGAAGAGGAGGUAGUGGGUGAAAGAGUGGGAGGGCAGGAAGAGGAGGGAAUGAAUGACGGACAAGGGAUGCAGGAAGAGGAGGAGGAGGUAGUGGGUGAAAGAGUGGGAGGGCAGGAAGAGGAGGGAAUGAAUGACGGACAAGGGAUGCAGGAAGAGGAGGAGGAGGUAGUGGGUGAAAGACUGGGAGGGCAGGAAGAGGAGGGAAUGAAUGACGGACAAGGGAUGCAGGAAGAGGAGGAGGAGGUAGUGGGUGAAAGACUGGGAGGGCAGGAAGAGGAGGGAAUGAAUCACGGACAAGGGAUGCAGGAAGAGGAGGAAGAGGUAGUGGGUGAAAGACUGGGAGGGCAGGAAGAGGAGGGAAUGAAUGACGGACAAGGGAUGCAGGAAGAGGAGGAGGAGGUAGUGGGUGAAAGACUGGGAGGGCAGGAAGAGGGGGGAAUGAAUGACGGGCAAGGGAUGCAGGAAGAGGAGGAGGAGGUUGUGGGUGAAAGACUGGGAGGGCAGGAAGAGGAGGGAGUGAAUGACGGACAAGGGAUGCAGGAAGAGGAGGAGGGAAGGAGUGAGAGACCAAGGAGGCAGGAGGAGGAGGAAGGGGGAAGUGAGAGACUAGGGGGGCAAGAGGAGGAGGAAGAUACGGGGAGCCAGCUGAUAGUGCGCCAGAGACCAAGGGGAGGGGGAGGGACGCGGCUGCAGCUGAGGGAGCAAGGGGGGAGGAGGGAGCGGCGGCCGUUCACCGUGGACGAGGUAGCGUCGCUGGUGGCUUCUGUGGAAAAAAUUGGUCGACAAAGGUGCUCUGUGAGAGCAGCAAGAAGAGCUCGCAGCAGCAGCGCAGAAAAUGGAGGUGAAUCUAGAGGAGCAGCGGGCGAAGGAAGAGGGGCAGCAGGUGGGGCAAACGGGGUUGGGGGUGAAGUGACUGCAGGCAGAGGCGGAGGCCGCAGGGGGGCAGGGGUGGGGCAGGCAGAGGUGGGGCAGGGGGAGGUGGGGCAGGGGGAGGUGGGGCAGGCAGAGGUGGGGCAGGGGGAGGUGGGGCAGGGGGAGGUGGGGCAGGGGGAGGUGGGGCAGGGGGAUGUGGGGCAGGGUGGGGUGGGGCAAGGGGGGGUGGGGCAGGGGGGGGUGGGGCAGGGGGGGGUGGGCCAUGGGGAGGUGGGGCAGGGGGAGGUGGGGCAGGGGGAGGUGGGGCAGGGAGAGGAGGGGCAGGGGGAGGUGGGGCAGGGGGGGGUGGGGCAGGGGGAGGUGGGGCAGGGGGGGGUGGGGCAGGGGGGGGUGGGGCAGGGGGAGGUGGGGCAGGGGGAGGUGGGGCAGGGGGAGGUGGGGCAGGGGGGGGUGGGGCAGAGGGGGGUGGGGCAGGGGGAGGUGGGGCAGGGGGAGGUGGGGCAGGGGGAGGUGGGGCAGGGGGGGGUGGGGCAGGUGGAGGUAAGGCAGGCGGAGGUGGGGCAGGUGAUGCGGAUUAGCGGUGAUGAGGAGGCAAGGCCGCAGCAAGGUGGGGGGGUGAAAUUUGUUGUGGAGGCAGGUCACCAACUGUGUUUGUGGAUAGUGGUGCAAAGCCUGGGUGGUUGCAGAAGGAGAGUGGCAGAGGUGGAGGUGCGGCAGGCGGAGGUGGGGCAGGCGGAGGUGAGGCAGGUGGAGGUGCGGCAGGCGGGUCGGAUCGACUGUGAUGAGGAGGCGAGUCGACAGCAGCAACUGGAGGUUAGUGUUGUUGGGAGCUCUGUGCCUUCCUUCAAGCGCCUCAAGAGCAGCAGGGAGCAGCAGCGUCUGGGCGCCCAACAGCAUCUAGAUGGCCAACUGAGGGGUGCGCCUCAAGAGCAGCAGGGAGCAGCAGCGUUUGGCCGUCCCGCACUGAGCUCAUCCGUGGUCGAAAUAGAGGAUUCUGAGGAUGAAGACAGUGAUGUAGCACUGCAACCUGCAACACAGGAGAAUGCUUCUUCCAACAUUAAUCUUGACCUUGGUCAAGACGAGGAGGUAAAAAGGGCGAUGGACGCGAGAGACGAGGAACGGCGACAAAAGGGUGAGCUGGUGAGGAGAGUAGUGGAGUUGGAGGAGAGGUGGCUAGAGGCGGAAGAGUAUGCUUCUCAACUGGAGGAAGCAGUGAUGAAGGUGCAGGAGGCAAAGAAAGAAGAGGUGGUGGUAGCGGAGAUAGCACCAGAGGGAGUGGCAGAGCAAGGGGAGGAAGUAAAGAGGAUUAUAAAGGGACGAGGCAUUGCAAUUGACGGACGAGCGGGCAAGGAGGGGAGAGGAGUUGGAGGAGCAGAGGGAUGGGGCAUUGUGGUCGGCGGAGCAGCGGGCGAGGGAAGCAGAGGAGUUUAG